AUGUCCGCCUCAAUCACGGAUCUCCCAGCUGAACUCCUUGCGCAAAUCAUGUGUGAAUGCAGUCCAGAAAUCAAGACAGUAUUACACUUUUCGUCAACGUGCCGAAAAGCACAGCAAGUUUGGCAUGAAAAUACGAUUUCGAUUGUAUGUAGGGUUUUUCAAUUCACGAGGUCGGAGUUGAUGGACUUUUUGGAACUUGCCAGGUUGGAAGCGUCGCCGCCGGAAGUGCUGUCGGGAGAAGUGAAGGUGGGAAAUGGAUCUCAAGCGACAUUCACGGAAGUACCGCAUCAAGAAUCCACGAAAGGAUCAGCGCCGAAAGAUACGAAGACUGAAGAGGCCUUGCAGGCCUUGAAGCUGGAUGAAGCAUCCCAAGAUUCGACUGUACAUGCCGAUCUGAAUGCCACUAUCCGUCACCACCUGUCCUGGCUUGAACGCGCUGCGUUCGGAGUGCGCGUCUCCCAAAAAAUGUUCGAGGAUAGCCGCGCAGAGUCAAUUAAAGCCAUUAAAAGAGACCCUAGUUGGGAUGAAUCCGACCCCAAGAGGUUUGAGAAGUGGAAUUGCUUCAGAAAUCCACCAAAUUACGUCCAGUUCUUCCGAUUGUUGCGACGUUUUGUUGUCGCCUACGACCAUCCAUCACUCCUGCCAGAUGUAUACGCCGAUUUACACGGUCUUUCCGACAAUGACAUGGACGACUUCGGCACGAUCGCAGACUACUUUGAUUACAAAUGCGACGGACAUUGGGAUCACAUGGGAAUCGAACGGCAGAAAGGAGAAGAGCCCUGGUGGACAUGCACAGGUGAUUCUGGCACGACUUAUCUGCCGCGUCGAUGGUCUUUUGCGGUGCAUAUGUUGUGGUCAGAAAGCUUUUGGCGCCCAGAACCGCCGCGUACCGAUCAACAGCCAUCGGAUGACGAAGAAGCCCAGUGGAGGUAUGAAAGCACGUGUGAGGCUUUCGGCAAAGAUAGAGUCACGUUGAUGUUUGGCGGGGACAACAUAAUACCAUGGACCGAAGAAAGGCGCAAGGCCAAUGCCCGGUGGAGAGAAGUGUAUGACAAUGCUCAGAAGUCAUGA